AAGGAACCCUUUAAGAGUUACCACAACAGUAUUGGCUAUGUGUACUUUGGCUGCACAGGUGAUGGUCAAGGAAAGAAACUGAAAAUUGCAUUGAUGAGGUGCUCCAAAGGUUCAGAUGUUCCUGGGGGCUCUUUGUCUGCUGCAAAAGAUGCCAUCUCUCUACUUAGACCCAAGGCUACUUUUUCUGUUGGUGCGUGCAGUGGUUUGAACAACAGAGAGGUCGAGCUAGGAGAUGUGGUUGUUUCAUCAAAGCUGAUAACAGCUGCACACCAAACUCCCCCCAGCAGAAAUAUUGGUAACCUGAUCAAACAUGUGGCUGAUGGGUGGAAGGCACCUUUCCAAAAUGCUAAUGAAUGUAAUGCCAAAGUGCACUGUGAUGGAGUGGUUCUGAGUAUCCCAGAGGUAAACAAGGAGAUAAUUGACCGACAUCCUGAAGCAAUUGCAGUUGAAAUGGAAGGUGGAGGAGUGUUUGCAGCAGCCCAUGAUUUUAAGACAGAAUGGGUGGUAGUCAAAGGCAUCACAGACUUUGCAAAUGAAAGACAGUCUUCAAGUGAGAAAUGGAAACAAAUUGCUUGUGUGAUGGCGGCAUCUGUUGUGGCCAACAUUUUGAGUGAUUCAGUCAUAUUCCAAGAUUGGCCUCACUAUAAUGCACGUAUUUCUGUCUCAAUCUUUUUUUUUAAGGGAUAGAUAUAAUUUAGAUCUAAGUUCCCACGGCAUAUUUUUGUAUGGAUUGCAAUCAGAUUUCCGCCGCUUUCUCGAGUCCAGUCUUUUUCGUUCCUCCCCGAGAAGAGAGCUGUAACGUAUUUGAAAAAAUUAAUUGAUGCGUUCUCAGUUGUCACCGGAGAUGAAAUAGGACUCCAAUUCGAAUGGAUGGCACACAUAUAAUCGCCAUACGUCGACUAAAUUUAACUCUAAAACUGGAUGUGUCUUCUAUGGCUGCGAAGUAAAAGAUUCUAAAAAGAAAUCUAAGGUGUCUGAUUAGCGGAAAAGAAUUUGCGGCGUAGUGAAGAUUCCCCUUUCUCGUAUAGACGUGGAAGGUUACAUUUGUAACGAUGACUGCUAUCGACAAGUCAAGCGCCUUCGAAGGCUCCGAAAAGAUACAAAUACCCUUCAUCGCUCGUUCAAGGAAAAUUUUGAAGCGAUUAAUGGAACGAAGCGUGGUAUGCCCUGUGACUGCAGCAAUCGCAACUUCCCAACACCACAAUUACUGAUAAAAAAGGCGAUUUAAGGACGUCAAAGGAUGUGGUGAGCGUUUUGGGUUGAAACUUAAAACUCAUAAAUAAAUACAAAAUUACGACAAUUGAUUAAGUAAAGGUAAUAGGAAAGAAAUACACUGAGCCAACUUAAAACGAAAAUACUUACAUUGUUACGAUUACUGCAAAACUGCGCUUGACGAAAAAAACACUGUCCAAAGACGAAAUGAAGAAUGAAGGAACUGCUUGAAAGCGAACUGCAACUAGCGCGACCAACGAAAACUAGGUUUAUAGAUGCACGAAGAACUAACAUUAAUCAUGCGAAAACGACUAACGGAAAGUGCAAUCGACGCCAAUAACUGCGAAAGAACCAUUAAUGAACGAAAGUAUGUGAUAGGGAAAACAACAGAAGCUAACUAACCUGUGAAAAAACGCUAAUAGACGGCGAGAAACAGCAACAACACAAAAGAGACACCCUAAUUAAUGAUUGACUACAUUCCGUACUCUAAGAUCCUACAUGCCCUCCGCAAUCUCGCUAGGUGUUACCGCGUCUUCAACUUCACCGCGCAGCAGAUCAAGGGAGAAUUGAGGCCGCAAAAAACUAUCAUUAAGAACUAAUUUAUAAUAGCGCUUUCAAGAAGAAAAUAAAACUACACUGAGAAAUAUUAUGUGGUUCUUUCAAGGGGUCCAAAGAGAUUAGUUUCUUUUCAUUCUCU